GGCGCCGCGUUUUAUCUGUGUGGAAAUCUUCGACCUCUUAAACCCUCUGUUUUUCAGGCUCUCAACCCUUUACAGUCGGAUCAAACCCCAUAUUUUCUAACAUGCAGACUGAAGAGCAGACUGACUUCAGCACCGACGAGUUUCCAGAAGGAUCCAAAAUAAACGCCAGUAAAAAUCAGCAAGAUGACGGGAAAAUGUUCAUUGGUGGACUCAGUUGGGACACCAGCAAGAAAGACCUUACAGACUACCUGUCCAAGUUCGGAGAAGUCCUGGACUGCACUAUCAAAACAGACCCCAUGACUGGACGCUCCAGAGGCUUUGGAUUUGUGCUCUUCAGAGAUGCUGAGAGUGUUGAUAGGGUGUUGGAGCUAAAUGAACACAAGCUGGAUGGCAAACUGAUUGAUCCCAAGAGAGCCAAAGCCAUGCAGGGCAAGGAACCCUCUAAGAAGGUUUUUGUCGGUGGUCUGAGUCCAGACAUUUCUGAGGAACAGGUCCGGGAAUACUUUGGGGCUUAUGGAGAGAUUGAAAACAUUGAACUUCCCAUUGACACCAAAACCAAUGAGAGGCGUGGAUUCUGCUUUAUAACAUAUGUUUCAGAAGAGCCAGUUCAGAAACUCGUAGAGAGCAGAUACCAUCAAAUUGGAUCAGGGAAGUGUGAAAUCAAAGUUGCCCAGCCUAAAGAAGUUUACAGACAGCAGCAGAACAGAGGUGACCAGGGCUUUGGAGGAGGAGGAAGAGGAGGAUUCAGAGGCCGUGGAAGAGGAGGACAGAGUCAGGGCUAUAAUCAAGGCUACGACAACUCCUAUGGCCAGAACUAUGGAGGCAAUGGAUACAACCAGGGCUAUAAUGGAUACUCUGGCUAUGACUCUACAGGAUACAACUAUCCAAAUUAUGGAUAUGGACAAGGCUAUGAUGAUUACAGUGGUCAACAGAGCAGCUACGGCAAGGCUUCACGGGAGAGCGGAAACCAUCAGAACAGCUACCAGCCGUAUUGAUGAAUUGACGAAACAUUUUCAUUUUAAUGGGUAAGAUUACAUCAUUUCUACCAUUUGGUUCAACACCGUAAUGUUAAAGAUCAAUAGACACACAAUAUUGAUGUACCUCAAUUGAAGAAAUGUCUAUAGAUCUUUAAUGGCAAAUAUUUGUGUAGCCAUUUUGCCUUUUUAGCACGGCUAAAUUUUUGGAGGUUUCUGUAGGUUUUUCUUUUCCUCCUGCGUUUAACAGGUGAUCAUUAUGGAAUAACAUAGAGACUUGAUAGCAAUGCUAACAGGUAAAGUACUGCUAAGUGGAUACAGAGUAAGGGCGCCUCUCCUUAUUUUUCCUUUCUUUCCCUAAUUCUGAUUAUUGUACCUUGUUUGUACCUG